GUCGUCGGUACAACAUCGCGAAUAUUCGUGUCGCGUCACCUGGCCGUUAUCGUCGAGCCGGCAGUAUCUUUCCGCGAACGGGUCGAAAGGGACGAGAAUCGUUCCCAUCGCGCGCUCCUCGAUCGAACAUCGCCACAGUGUCGCGUGAACCGGAAGCGUUCUUUUGUUUUGGUGCCCCGCCAAUGUGACAGUUUAGAGACCGAAGGACGAGCUCGAGCAACAGUAGCUCCCAUUCGAGCAACCGGCGUCGAUCGACGUGGAACCAUCCCACGAGUGUCUGUGUUCAGAAUCCUCCAGUCGAGAGAUUCCAGAGAGUUCGGGAGCAUGAGGUAGAUACAUUUGAACAAGCAUCGAAUGUAGUCGUUAGAUGUUGGAGCUUCUAGAACGCUCUAAUCGCAAACUAUAAAUACGGUAGUUUCGGUUGUGUACCCGUGGUGUACGAAGGGACCGAUCGCGAUUUCACACUGGAUCACUCGUGUGUCUGUAGUCGGCCGAUUUAGACGUGUCCAGGAUCGUCCGAGUUGGACUCGUCCCUGCGCGUGUCUAUGUAUGAACCAGUGAUUGGAAACCCCGUCUUUCAGCGGCUACAACUACGUCCACCCCUAUCAUCGCGUCGACAGUGAUCUGCGGCCGUGACGGGUGCACGGCGACCACCGUCAACAUGACAGAUAUAGGCAUUGGCAUGGUGUCCUACUACAAUCCUCUGGCGAUGUACAGACAGCAGCAGCAGUCCACGACCGGUCAACAGCAGCUCGCCCAGCAGGUCCAGCAACACGCUCAAGCGCAACAGGCGCAGCAACACGCCGCCUCGGCGACCACCGACGGUGGCCAACAAUACUGGUACGGAUGUCCGCACGGAUACACCCACGGCCAUCACCAGCCACCAGGAGCCCAACAGUAUCUGGACCACACAGACGUUCUGCCAGGUUGGCACGCCCACCACUACUCGCAUCUCCACUAUCAGCACCACCAGACCUACCAGCAACACCAGCAAGCCCAGUUGACCAGCGUAACGGACUGGAGCGGCGACGAGACGAAUCCCGCGGUAGGAGCUGGCGAACCGAGCCCUCCCAUCACAGUCAGCGGAAGCGAGAUCAGCAACCCUGGCACACCGUCCACUCCGCCUGCGAAUAACAACAACAGCAUCACUGUUAAUAAUAAUAAUAACAGCACCACCGCUAACAACAACAACACAACGCCCAUGAGGCCCACGCAGAUCAGGAGCCCCUACGAGUGGAUGAAGAAGACCUCGUACCAGAGCCAACCGAAUCCAGUGUGCAACGUAACUGCAAACUGCAACGCAAGUGCAGUUUCAGCGAUUCACGAGCUCUGCGCCCUUGACGCCCUUGGAAAGACUCGAACAAAAGACAAAUACAGAGUGGUCUACACGGAUCAUCAGAGGUUGGAGCUCGAAAAAGAGUUCCAUUUCAACCGUUACAUCACGAUUCGUCGCAAGGCGGAACUUGCCGCCACUCUAGCGCUCUCUGAACGACAGGUGAAGAUCUGGUUCCAAAAUCGGCGAGCGAAAGAACGGAAACAGUCGAAGAAGCGCGAGGAGCAGGAGCAGAAGGACAUGAAGCCGGAUGGCACACCUACGCGAGCGAUGGCCAACUUGACCCUCGAGGAAAUGAGCAUGCUAGGCGGUAUGAUGCACAACGGUGGUUCCUCGCCCCUUGGUCUCGGUCAUCCCGGUCAUACCUUGAGCUUAGGCCACGGACCAGCUUCUCUACAUCUCCACAGCCACCAGCACGCUCAUCCGCACACGGUAUUAGGCUUGUGACCUGAGGAACCGAUCGCAGAAACGUGGUCCAACCACGGCUGACCUCGCAACGCUUCACUGUCUCUCUCUUGAAUCCGCGAUCGCGAGGAGAUCCGAAACACCACGCUCGAUCAUCGUCGAUCCACGAUCUUCAGUUUUGAAAUUCGGGGCACAACCGAGGAAGGGAUGAUUCCUCGCGAAAGAAACGCGUAGCACUCGGAGAAUAACAUUUUUCUUUCAAAUGCGCGACUGCGCUUUUCAACACUUUGUCUUUUUUAUUAGCGUGUCAGUUUAAAGAUCCAGUUCCAGCUUUCAUCAGUUCCCUUUCGAUUCGUUUUUAGAAUCGAGGAAUCGCUCCACUUUCGUUCCAGCUCCACCUAUUUUCAACAUUGAUCUCCUACAGGAAGCCUCUUACGUAAGCCAUUUACUUUUCGUUUUGAAUUCCUUUUUUGCACGACGAAUUAGCCUCGGCUUCGUUUCCUUUUAACCUCCAUAUUCUUUCAAAAUCAAUUAUCUGAAUUAAGCCUACUGUGAAAAAACCUUAGUCUCCAUUCUCGAUUAAUUUUUGAACGAGGAAUCGCCCCACUUUCGGCUAUCCCGCGAAUCGUUAAGGAAACCCCGUGUUUAUCGGAAUCUGUUCGCGAUCGAGGAUCGAGGAAAACGACGGUCUUCGAUCGACAGAUCGCGAAGACCGGAACUUGUAUUUGUCCGUCCUGCGGUGAUUGUGCGUGGAAACGGAGACUUUUUUUAUUAUUAUUAACCAUUUCGAUGAUCCGUGGAGUCAACCGUUUGUCAGCGAUUUUUUCUUAUCCCUCGCGUCGGUUCAAGCUUGGCGUCGACGACUUCGCGAGAGUCUGCGUGUGCGAUUACGGUUGUAUACAGUAUUAUUUUCAAUUUCGCUAGGAUCAUGUUCCAGUUACGUUUUUGUAAUAUAUAUAUACAUAUAUAUGUAUAUAAUUUUACUUUCCUUCUCUGGGGGGACGAGCCCUGGGCGUUAGACGAAAUGUAAUCCACGAUUACGAAUGCGAUCGAUGAUCGACGAUUACACUUGUUUACCAACGUCCCUAGAUUACAAGCGUGGAGUUUAACACGGUGACCGCCAGAAACGCAAUCAUCAAAAUUCCUGCGAGGAAUUAUUCCUGAAAUUUUUGAUUCAUCGAUUCAUCGCCUGAUGUAGUUUCUGUGACUUCUCACCUUUACAAUUAAUUUAUUUAAUUCCUCGGUGAAAAUCCUUGUUACACACGUCACAUAUUAGCGACGUGGCGGUCAACGUGUUAAGCUGACAAGUGUAGGCGACGAUUAUAAGCGUAAUCGCGGAGAACCGAGGCCCGACUCUGUUACGAAACAGCGACGCGACGUUUCCGUUGUUCGAAUCCUCGAUCACGACGUUACGAAUCAACCAAGACAACGAACGAAUUCACCUAAUCGGACCCUGAUAUGCAUAACAGGACAACGAUCGAGAAAAACGUGCAAUCCUUGCCUUAAACCGCCGUCACUCGUACGCGAGCGGUUGCGUCUAAUGCGAUUAGCGAAAUAUUAACGUUUGCGUUAAGUUAGGUUUAAACGGUGGGAAAAUAAUAAUAUUAGAUAUAUAUAAAUAUAUAUAUAUAGAGAGAGAGAAAGAGAGAAAGAUAUUCUCUUCGGUUAAGGUUUUUCGACACUCGUGCGUUCCAAGGGGGCGCCAUAGCAGACUGUUUUAUAUAUUUUUUUAAAGUGUAAUAUGUACAAAUUAGACGUGUUAAGGUAUGUCCCGAUGUUGUUUUAUCGGUGAACGUGAUUUUCGUUUCAGGGUGCAUUGAUCGAGAAAAGAGCGUCUCUACGAGUGUCAGUGGGUCGAUUGUUGUAAAUAUAGCGUUUAUAGGUGAACCGAAGUCUCCCAGCGGAACCCUUCUUUCUCGAUGAGAAAAUCGACGCGAACGGGAUCAAACGACUCUGUAAAUUUUCUCUAAAAUCGAAUAAUCGCUCGAUUCGCGACGACGGAACGCGGCAUCGAUCCGAAAAGGGACAGUCGCGUGCGAAAUCGACCACCUGAGAACGCGUCGACUCGAAGAUCUCGUUUCCGUUUCCAUUUAUUAAUCUCCGUGAAAAAAAAAAAAUGUGUUGGUAAUGUUAUUAUAGCGUCGCAGUAUUUUCGAAACGUUUUCGAAGGCAAUCCUUGUGCGAGUGAUGGUACACGAUACUUACGAAUUGUAAAUAGAAUAAAGUUUAUGACGCUGGAACCCCUUGGCAUCGCAUUGGUAUUCACGAUCCCUUAAAUUAAUAAGGAUGGAUCAGAAUUAAAAAAAAGGGAAGAUUUACGUGAACCUGAUUGGCUGGUGAUAGUAUUUCCUUCUGAUCUUCUUGAGUCAUUUUAAAUUCGCUUCUUCUGUUAAUUCUUCGAAGGUUUGUUUCAAGAAUGGCGACAUAAGAGGGAGAUAGAUGGUAUAAAGUAUAGAAAAGACCGAUUAACUCUUCGCGAUGUAAAAAUUUCAGUAGUUUUCUAACGUUUCGGAAUACGAAUUUUCAACGAAAAUAAUAAAACCGUGAAGAUAUGGCACACUCUCAGGGUAGUGCAAAGUACACGAGGGUUAAAUCGUCGAAGGUGACCAUUGUGCUUGAUUGGACAUUUUUCUAGCGAUUACUCGAUUUAACUACCUAUCGUUCUGCGAAGAGUUGAUAAGCUUCGUGAAAUUAUAGGCUCGAUUAUAGAAAGUAAAGCGUGUCUGUGCCGCGAUAGAACCGAUUUUUCAAAGCAUACGUGCGCCAUUAGAUUUUCAUGGAAACGAACAUCCUUUUCUUUCGCGAUUGUAGAUUCCAGCAAUCGAAAGAAAAUCGUUCCCCGUCGAUGAUUCGUGAUUCACAUGAAAACACGAUCGACUCGCGUCCUUGGCAAGCAAAAAUUUGAAAAAUCGCCUACGCCUAAUGCCCAAUUGCUAUUGUUGCGCGGGCGCAAUGCAAGAAACAACGAGAACAUGGGCUUCUCUCGAUUCCAAUCUCUUCGAGCGACGUAUAAUUCGCGAAGAAACGUCUGUUAUCGUCUAGACGCUGCACUUUCGCCUAAUUUGUAAAUACAUGAUACGUAAACAUAUUUAAAAAUGUAUCGAAACGAACGUGCGCGACUUUGCUGGGGUGGACCAUGAGAUUUUCGCUUUUUUCGUGUUCUAAACUAUCAGGAACGGUAUAUUCUAUCUAUUAAAUUGGUAGUUCUUUUAUCCUCAACUUUGUGUACCUUGUAUAGUGACCCGGAGUAUAGGGAUUGCUUUGGAAUUGCAUUUUCGAAUUUUUCAAGUUUCUUUCUACGCAUAUAAAUAAUAAUACUGCUCCUAUCGAUUCUUUCUUAUAAAUAAAAUUUGCUUGCUCAACCAAAAGCAAAAGUGAAACUUAAGGUCAAAGAAGCUGAUGAGCCACCCUAGUGUUCGGCAUUGCAUCGUUGCGUGAUCGACAGUUCUAGAAUCCUAAAAAAAUAGAAAAUCGAGCCAGGGAGAGAAAAGCAACGUGCAACGAACAUGCGCGCUCUUUUUCAGACGCUCAUUGAAAUCUCCUGGUGGAUAACACGCGAACACGAGCUCCACUUGUCCGUUCCGCGUUAGAGUAUCAUAGUUAGAAGGAAAAUUAUAUACGUAAAAAGUAUGCCUUAAUCGACGAGAAGGAAGGUUUUAACCGUAUCGAUUUCGAUCCUCCAAUUUUAGGCUUCGCUCUCCGAACGUGUUUCUUUUUUCUCUGUUUUCAUUUUCUUUUUAGCACGGGAAUCACGUUCCCCGUAGCUUUGUUUCAUUCUUAAAAUUUGAACGACAAUAAGAAGCGAGAAAGGAUCACGUUUCUUCGAGAUGAAAGGAAGCGUUUUACGCGCCGUGUGCCUUGAGCGUUGCCAACCCCUAACGAUUCACGAUUUUCCCUGUAAACAUGUUGUGGAUGAGACGGAUCGUAAUCAACACCGAAAAAUCUCAUAAGUGUGUGUAUAUAUGCAUAUAUACA